GCACAGGCUGCCAAAUCUAAAGCGGGUAGCACUGCGCAAACAAAACCCACGACUACCAAUGUGCAAACACCUGAAGAAGACGAUGUGCAGGAAACCAUCCCUUCUACGUCCGCGACUGAAGACUCUGAAGAAACAGUUUUAUCCUCUACUUCUUCCGCGUAUGACUGCGUGACAACAGGAUCAGAUCAAACGACUUCGACGACUAUGUCUAUUGUGUCUGACUUAAUGGAGCUUGACGAAUCCGCAUGUGACCCCAGAUCCACGACGGCUACAAAAAAUCGUAAUGAGAAAGAACGAGAUAACUCUGAAGAUGAACGUGAAUUUUCAGACAAUUCUGAUGAUGAGUUGAUAACUGAAGUCGAUUGGGUGCAAUGUGCUGGUCAGAUGGGCUGUCUUAUCAGUCAGAUGACAGACUUGAAAAAAAAACAUAGAGAGGUGUAUUGUUCCAAAUCACAAAAACUUUUUAAUUGAUGCAAAAGAAGCAGCGAUCUCCUGUAAGAAAAUAGCAAUCAGGCUGCAAAAGAGCGUGGACCUGGCUCUUGCGAAAUACAACGAAGGAGAAGUGCCCGUGGCAGAAAGUGAUUUACCCGAUCCUGUCUCGAAAGAUCCAGGGCUUAGACCUUUGAUUACGACAAAGCGACAAAGGUUGUAUUUAGCUCAAAUUGGUCCGCAACAACCCAAACUUUUCAAUUAUCCGCCAAACGAAGAUAUCACGUCAAGCAGCAAACAAAAUCGUUUCACGGCUGUCUGGUUUUCGCAGUAUCCGUUUUUGGAAUACAGUACUGAAAAGGAUGCGGCUUUUUGUUUUGUUUGCCAAAUGUUCCCGAAAGGUAUAGAUCGAGAACGAUCGACGCAAAAUUGGUGUUCCACUGGAGUUAGAAAAUGGGACAAGAUGAAAAGCAGAGGAGCAGGGAAUCCGGGAAAACUUUCCAAUUCUGAACACCGCUCGUCAAAGGCACACAACGCAGCGUUUCUAGACUAUGUCCACUUCAUGAGUAAUAAUUCUCAAUCUCAUGUUGAUUCUUUGCUUGACACGGAAGUUCGCGCUAAAGCCGUUCAGUUGCAGGAAUGA